AUGACGAUCUCUUCAAUGGCGUCGACGCUCAAAGCCUACUCAAUCCCUCUCAUUCUUUUCACUGCUGCCAUCGUCUUUCAACUCUGUGUCAUUCCACGCUCGUUCCCUCCUUCCCACUACGAUGUUUUGGGGAUCAAGAGGUAUAGCUCCAUUGAAGAAGUCACUCUGGCUUACGAGAAGCUCUCAUCCAAGUGGAAUUCAGGCUUUGAAGUUCCGUCUACCUUUGAUUUUGUCAAGAUUCGAUACGCUUUUGAGCUGCUGAGUAAUCAAGCAUGGAAGAGAGAUUAUGACAUAUUUGGCAUUGAUGAACAAGUUCAUGUUAUUGAAGAGGGCAAGGAGCAAUAUGCUGCAGCAAACAUUUAUGAAAUUGACCUUCCCUUGCUGGAAGCUGCUUCCUUUGAUCCUAUAGAUCAUGAUUUUGAUCUCAUUAAAUCUGAGAAUUUUUUAUCCAAGUUUGAGAAUGACAAGGCAUUGCUAGUUCAGGUACGAUUAGUUUCUAGAAUAUGCUGCCAUAUCUUUGCUAUUGUUACAAUUAACUAUCCCUGA